AGCAGCGGGACGAGCGAGCUCUUCCCGGGGGGCUGCUCCCAUCCUCGGAUCCCAAAGCCGGGGGUCCAUCACGUCGCUCCUCCGGCCGGGUGCCGUGGGUCACGUCUCCGCAGAGCAACAACAACCCGAAUCCGUUCCUCCGACUGUAAUUCCUUCCUGUGACCGGAUUCCCGCGACCUUUAGAUCUUUUGGGCAAAUGAUAUUCCCUCCCAGCGCUUCCCGCUGCUCUCUUGAACAAACUCUUUCCCAAAGCAGGUGAAUGCCAUCCGUCGACGUCUGGUUUAACGCCGUUUUGACGAACCAAGCUGACGGGUUUCCCGUCGUUACUUCUAGGGGAGCCUCAGUGGCAUCUCUCCUUCUCAGGCGUUCAGCUUUUGAAGUUUGCUGGAGUGCUGCAGCCCCGACCCAUGCAGGAUGGACCCUGUUGUUCUCAGCUACAUGGACAGUUUGCUGAGGCAGUCGGAUGUUGCCUUGCUGGAGCCCCCAAACUGGCUUAACGAUCACAUCAUCGGGUUUGCCUUCGAGUACUUCACCAACCACCAGUUCCAAGAAUUUAGCGAUCAGGUUUGUUUUAUCAGCCCCGAAGUGGCUCAGUUCAUUAAAUGUGCCCUUAGUCAGGAAGAAAUAGCCAUAUUCCUUCAACCACUGGACCUUCUCCACAAAGAGCUGGUGUUCUUGCCUAUCAAUGAUAACUCCAACCAGGUCGCUGGGGGCACCCACUGGAGCUUACUGGUUUAUUUCAGGGACAAAAAGUGCUUCGCCCAUUACGAUUCCCACAGUAAAUGCAACUCUCUCCAUGCCAAGCAAGUGGCGGGGAAGCUGGAGGCUUUCUUGGGCAAAAGAGGGGGCAAAGCAACCUUCAUGGAGGAGAAGGCGCCUGCCCAGCAGAACAGCUAUGACUGUGGGAUGUACGUGAUCUGCAACGCAGAGGCUCUGUGUCAGGGAUACUUUAGGGGCCGGCCGGAGCCUUUGCUGCAGCUCCUCACCCCCUCCUACAUCACGCAGAAGAGAUCGGAGUGGAAAGCUCUCAUCACGAAACUGGCACAGAAGUGAUCGAACUGCAGCUCCGGCCCCCCCAAAAACUGCCUUCCCCGUCUGUGAGGCAGCACCCCCAGUGCCUGAGGGAGAUGCCCAUGCGCAGGAUUGUCCCAAAGAAGAAGAAUGUAACCCCUCCAGCAUGGCUACACCCCCCCCAAACACCCUGUUCCCUCCUGGAAAAGCCUUAGUCCCCUCUGGACAUUACUGGCCUUUGAACUUCUAACCAGAAAAGUCACUUUGCUUUCAAAGAAAUCCUCCUCUCCAUGGUGAAUUUUCACACUGAUUUGUGUGGCAAAAUGGGUUGCUAAAGAGACUUCACCUUUGCUCAGCAGGCAACACGCCCUCAUUAGGUGGCUUUAAUUGGCUAUAGGCAUUGCCCUUCCAAGCCAGGUUUAGCAAAUGCCCUUUAAAACCAAGCCUCCAAAUGCUUUCUCAUGGCUAUUUCGAAUUUGUGCCUCCAGCUAGUGGUAUUUCAGCAGUCUAGGAUUUAGCAGCAAGGAUUUUUCACCCCUGAAAACCUGACACUGAGAUGUCGAUGUCAAAAGACAAGACUCCAAAAGAAAUGCUACGAUUAAAGAACGGGGUAAAAAGAAAAUCUGUUUUCUUCAGAUAGGUGCUCCUAGGCUGUACAGCGGUAGCUUUUUUUUCUUUUUUUCUGUCCCCCACCCCUGCUUGCUCUUAUUACAAAUUAAAACCUGACUCUGAACUGCUGGAAGAUUAAUAGGAAGCUGAGAAACCCAAUCCUAGGAAAGGAAACUUAAUUGAGAUGAAAAGCGACACUCACUCUUUGAAGUAUUUUUUUUUUCAUUACGAUUUUAGGUCGUCUCCAUUCGGGGAGGGUUCGUCAGUGCUCCCCAACCCUUGUUAGCGUUUGCUGCACUCAGAGCGUCCAAGGCUGUCGCUGCUUCCUCUAGAACAAAACCAGUUCUGUUACUUGAGAUAAAAAAAAAACCACCAGGGAGAACAAAAGGACAGAGUUUGAGGUAUAAAAGCCAAAGAUAACUGCAGUCUCCUUGAAGCCCAAGAAGUCCUUAAUACACUUCUGAUCGAAACACCUUUCCUCCUGUGCUGGAUGAUGGCUGGGAUCUCAGAGCACAUCUUCUCGUUAAAAGACAGGCUCAGCACUGGGGAAAAUAAAAAUUAAAAUGAGAUGUCGUUGCAGGGUAAGGAAUAAUCUCUAAUCAUAUGAGAAGCAAAGAGCAGGUUGCUCAGGUGGUGUCUAGCAGAGCAACCACACUCCGGCACACCAACUGAAUCAGGGAAAUCCAGGUUAAAUACAAGCCUCGAAAAAGAAAAGGAGGAAGGAUUAUUUUUAACCCGGAGCUCUUCACCCAUCAUAUUGCCAGCCCAGCCCCACUGGUGUGCGUAGUAGCACAGCACCAAGGUGAUGAACUGUAGGAAGGGCUUAAACUUCCCUUGUUGCUAAGAAAAAGGGUAAGUAGCCACAGCCCAGGCUCUUUCAAAACACCCAAGCAAACACGUACAAGCAGCAGCGGGGCAAAACGAGGGUUGGGGUCGUUCCCCUCCUUCCUAUGCUGCCUGGACGGGGGAGCAGCCGGCGGGCCAGGGCAUCUCUUCAGCACCAGCCCUCCCUGGA